GCUCUCGUCUGGACCGACUACCGUACAGGGUCUCCAACCAUCGAUUUGCAGAUUCCAGAAGUGAAGAAGUUCUGCAGUAGUAGAGUCGGUGUUGACUCUCCGCAGUAAGCUGCGUCACAUGGGGAUGUAGGCGGUGAGUGCAGAGGAAAGGGCACGAACGGAAAAGGAAGGGAAGAGCGCCCCUUGAACCCAGAAGAAGAAGAGAAAGAAUGAGUUAGUCUUGUCAGGCGCCACCGUCACCGCCACCACCACCGCCGUCGCAUGGCCACGUCGCUUACCCUCACUUGGGCUUGGGCUGGGGCACUCUAACGGCAGUGGCUCCGGGUACUCGGUGGUUACUUAAUGCCAGUUCGUGCGUCGUCGUCGUCGUCGAUGUGUAGUGGGAAAAAGCCGAAAGGGUUCACUCAGUCGGGUUCUAACCGCUGAUGAUGCGUCUGCCCUUGAGUGUUGAAGCUCGAUGCACUUCCCGAAAUGGAUGCCCCCGCCACGGCAGCGGCCGUCCAGUGACCACUUCAUGGUCCAGGCGGAUGCCCACUUAAAAUGCUGGAUAAAUAACUUUUCUUUGACAAAGAACUACAAAAAACGACACUAACAGCAAGAGUAGCGCCAACAGCUAGAGUCUUUUAGAGCUACAACAUUAUGAAUUGCAUGAAUCAAUAUCGGUUCACAUAGACGGUGACUAAUAUAGCCAGGUUAUCAAUGUUACCAUAGUAUGGAGUGCCGCAAACUGAAAGGGUAUGGCUGUUGCACAUGGUGUAUUGCACGGUCAGUGCCGUUGUGACGUCAAACAGUAAGCAGCACUUUGUUCCCCUGUAUUAUCGUCGAUACUCGAUGUUGUCGUUGCUUUACUCAUUAUAACUUCUGUUCAUCUUCUGCUGUUAUCAAUAAUUAUGAGUAAAUGACAUUACGUUAUUAUUGCUAUUGAUAAUGAUGCCGAAUGGUACCGAGUUAAUCGGUACUGUUAUUGGUAACCGAGAAAAAAUGAAAAGCCGGAAAAGCGUGCCUGUUGCCGUCAGUGAAAAGAGAAAACGUGUAGUUAGCAUUUAGUGUUGAAGCUGGUCAUUUAUUUAAGAUGUCCUAUAAGCAAUAGACUUGAAAACGUCAAUUGGCAUCUCCCUCCAGACCGGAGUUCCAGUGAUCAUGUGAACGCGUGCGGUGUUCAUCUUAGUUGUAUGAAAACGACGAUGAUAAUGAUGACGACUGGCAACAAGGCAGCGUAAAGCCGGCGCCGGAUGCUAACCAUUGUGAUGGGCUUCAGGCCGGCUGCGUGUGAUGCAGCAUAUCAAACAACAACUCGUGCUCAAAUUGCACCAACUUCGCCUUUCAGGCCGUAAACCGGAAGGUCCUAGAGCACCUUUGGUUCUUGCGCACGAAACAUCCCCUGCCAGCUCUGAUCUUCCAAAGAGGUGCCUUAAGAGCGCCCCACAAACACCCACUAAAAGCGGCCAGCCAAAGAAAAUUGUCAAGUUCGCCGAUGACAUGGGACUUGAUUUGACUGCGGUAAAGGUAAUGGCAGCGACGCCCCCUUUGCAAAGCCCCGAGGAAACUCCUGCACCAGCGCCUAGUCCCGCCGCCGUGGAAAACUCUAUGCCUAUCCUUUCUUCUAGUAUAGCCAUUCCUAAGACGUCUGCCCUAGUCAGAGUUAGAGAGUUCCAGCCGGCUCGAAAUAUCAAACUUGAGGUCUGUCAAUCGAGCGGCAGGUACCAGGCCAAGUUCGAGCAGCCAGGUGCGACGCCUAACUUUUGGCAGCGACUUCGGACGCAAAAGGUUUGUCUUGAAUCUGUGAUUGCCAGCUACAACUCGUCAGUGCACAUUGUUAUUCGAGUUCUGAACGUCGCCUUUCAUAAAAGCGUUCUCUUGCGGUAUACAUUAAACAACUGGGAAAGUUACACGGACAUCGAGGCCGACUAUAUGCCAGCCGAGUGCAAGGAUAUAGGUGGAUCGGCGCAUACGUCGUCGCCGACUGACCGCUUUUCUGUGAACCUGUGUCUGAAAAGUUCCCCCCGUUCGGUUCAAUUUUGUGUGUGUUAUCGCGUCGACGGCAAAGAAUACUGGGAUAACAACAAUCACCAGAACUACCGGAUGGAGUUUGAGGAGAGUCAACAGUUAACGCCAUUUUACUGAGCGUAAACGUGUCCCCACCUCGUAUUGGCAAUACAGAAGACAAGAGGCAACUGCUCGUUUACUGAAUUUUUCUUUUUCUUUUCAAAUCGAGGUGUUUGACACUUCAGCAUAGCGCUUUGUUUCAGAAAUGAAAAGAGCUCAGGCGUUAUGCUAGACCAAACGUGACUACGUGCCAUGUCGUGCAGCAAGAAAAGCAAUCCAUAAUAGGAAAGUAGUUUCAGGGAACAAAAAUCCCGAGAAUAUCCGUUACUAGAUUACGAUGACAUCCUUUUUAGUACCCGAAAUUAGGAGUGGUAAAGUUCUUCCAAUACAUCGGUCGAGAAUCCCUGACAAAAUUUUCUAUACCAGAUACAUUUUAGAAACUAGCUCUAUAGUUAGGAAAUCAGCUUUCAGAUUAAAUAUUCAAUUACGUUGUUUAUACGCCUAGCCAAAGAGAAAAUUAAGCGUCCAUAAAAUGGGGUUUUAAAAAAUGUUCACAUUAAAAAUAAGCCACAUUUCUGUCAAUUUUCGUUUGGUAAGGCUAUGACGUUGUCUCUUCAAAUCACCUCACGGCAAUAAGUUUACAUGGUGUGCAUUUCGGGUCCUAACCCUUAAAUUUUCAUAGACUUUUGUAGAUAACGAGCAACAAGUUAACUGUAAUAAACUAUGAUCAUAUGGAGUAAAGCAUCUGCGAAACGUAGGUUUUAAAAAAAAAUUAUUCAUAAUAGCCUGCGCUUUCUAUAACAGGACAGGAUAAGGGAGUGCCAUCAUGGACGUUUGGUAGGGCAGAACGGGGCGUGAUCGGCACCCUUGCUCUCAUUGAUGCACUAUCGGCUCUGACUCGCAAACCGUUUCUAAGGAAUUUGAAUUUUUUCAAAUAAAUUUGAGAAAUUUUAGGCCAAAGGCUAACUUUGACCGAAUAAUUGAGAACUAAUGAGACCCACCUUAAUCGAACGAUAGCUUCAGUAACUAAACAUAUUCUAAAUGCUACGAAUUCUAUUCGAUUAGCUAUUUAUAUCCGUUUAAAGAGGGUCCAUCAUACAAAUCAAACAUCAGUAUAAUACUUCUGAAUAGCGUAUCUAGCUGAGCCGAAGUUAAAUCAGCAGACGGCCGACGUCUGACCGAUUGGAACCUGCGGCCAGAUUGGAAAAAAAUCUUAAGGUUUGUGUGUCGACAAAAGGCAACAAGAAUCCAAUUAAAUGAUUGCUUCCUAAGCGACAUGGCUAGAAGACGUCUACGGAAGGAAUAGUAACGCUAGAGAGUGUAUGAUGAGGUAAACUGUGGCUAGGGCUAGUUCAAAGGAUGUGUAAAAUGGGGACGAGGUAGUGAGGAGGGUCAGAAUUGUAUCCGUUGGAAAAGCGAUUGGACUUGGAAUAGACCGGUCUUACUAUAAGCGAAGCACUGAAAAUGAAGUUAGCCGGGAUGCUGGUUUGUUUCCGUCGGUCAGUGAGACGAAAAAAUAGAGGCCGUCAUUACCGUUACUGCAGCUGAUCGCUUACGGAAUGCAUUCAGAGCGUCAUAAGCGCGAAGUUAUUGGUAGGAACCAGGUUUAGGAAAUUCGGGUGUUCAGUAUCUGUCGAAGGGUUCGUAGUUAGAGUUUUUCGAGUAGCAAUUGGUCGCCUUAGGUGUAAAGUUAGUCCCCUCCCUACCAUCGCCUCUUGGGGUAACUCGUACAAAAUCAUUUCUCUGGUAAAGGGCAGAGGAGAAACCCGCUCCAGACUUGAUGAGACAACAUUUACCGAAGAACACUGAAAAGAGGACCCUGGAAAGACGUUGGCGAUAUAACGAUUUAGUGUGACGAAGCCGUGCUCUCUAGCUUGCUACGAGGGGUUGUAUACAAUACGGUGUUUGGGGUCCAUUGGAUACAAAGUAGAGAUAUACAGUAAUCAGGGAUUUGUGUUCUGUGGCAUGACAUUCUCGCGUGUUUAGAGUGCACUAGGUCCACGAUUGUGUGCGCAAAAUGAAAGCGACAAAUUGUUUAUUGCAGUUGAGUGCGAAGUUCUGAAAAGUGUUAAGAAAGGCUUUAAAUGAACCAAGAUAUCGUUUGGAAAUACCUAAAAACCCAUACAAUAGGGUAUAGAGAUCUGUUGUCCUAUAAUGUUAUUCUGUACUGACAAGAAUAAUGUUAAUAAUAAAAAAAAUUAGCCCUUUGCACACAGUCUGUAGCAAAGUUCGUAUCAAAAUCAUACAGUUAGAUUAUGAUUAAAUAAAAUAUCAUCAUUAAGUACGAAAUGUUGCCUUUAUAAGAUUGUGCAGGUUAGAAUAAAGGCGCGAGUGCUGGCAAAAUAUGAAGAGUCCGCAAAAGGUCAAUUGAUAAUGUUUCGGACGGAACUACUCGUGUUGUGUUAUUAUACAGACGUAAACAAUGAUCGUAGCGUGUUUUGUUUCAGACAAAUAAUCGUUGAAUAUGAGUGCAUGGCUGGAUUUUCUAGCGUAACCGCUCACAACAAGUUUUAGUUUUGCCAUUAGAGGCUUCCUCGCUAUCUAAGCAGUAUCACUGAGCGGGUCAAUACACAUCUGCAAGCUAAACGUCUAAAACAAGAUCGUAGAGUAUCUAAAGUACCGAUUAAUUUUGUGGUGCUGGCAUAAUUACGAUCGAAAACGAGAUAAACCUUAAUCGAGCGCCACGAUGCCAGCGCGCGACGAACGACCCCUAGCGGUAAAUACAGACUAAACGAAACAAAAGUACAAGUGUAGUUCAUGCACUAGUGGCUAUAUAUAUAUAUAUAUAUAUAUUCGAAAAGGCGAGUGAAAACAGUUUCAAAGACGAGCUGGGUAGGUGAAAGGACAUUAAGCGACAUAUACAACGGAACACAAUAUUGUAUAGUAAGCGACGAUCUGAUGGCAGAAAAAUGCAAAUAAACUUAGAGCAAAUAAAUAUACAUACAUAUAUAUAUAUACAUAAAGCAUAUUUCAUUUACUAGUAUUUGCGUAUCUUAGCUCUCGCAUCACUGCAUCGAACAACACGCAAAUACGUCUAGACAUGUAGAAAGUGUAACAUGCUAGUUAAUAACAAACCAACAAUAAUAUUAACAAAAGCAAGAACAGGAAGGGUUAACACGAAGCUAUAUUAACUGCCCACACUAACUACUACGAAUUCUAUAAGGCUACCUAAACAAUAUCAAUAACAGUAGUAACAAAAAUAACGUGGACCUGAAAUCUUGAAGGGACAUCGAACCUCGUUAACUGGUCUCAGUGAGAAAAAUUUAACAGCAAGGUAUUUUCCUACGAAAGAUCCUAUUAUCUAGAAACUAUUGCUUGAUGAUGCUAAUUAACCACACCUGUUAAUGACAGGCAAACGAGUGUGCUGCUGCGAGUGCAUGUGUAAUUUUGUUGUAUAGGAUUUUUAGAGGAUAUAAGCUGUUAUUGCAAAAACUUUAUCCGACAGGCGAUAUGUUUCAGGCCCUUCCAAAAAACAUGUAAAAUUCAGACUGCGUCAAAUGCUUGACGACCUUGUGACUUGUGGACUGAGGACUGCUAGCGCCUUGUGUGAUCUCUGAGCUCUCUCCGUGUAAAACAUCCAACCGCACCGUUUCAGUGCCGUGGUGGCGAUGACGGUUCGAUCAGGCUUUUCUUCACGCAUUUGUGACAAUAAUAACCCACAACAAACAACAAUAAGCGCAACUAUGUUAUUGGUAAUGUCGAUAGUGAUCGAUAGUUCGAUCAUACAGAUGUGAGAAAGAGUGCACGAUGUGGAAGGGCUUUGUGGUGCCUAACCUUUGCAUGAUAUAUUUUUUGUAAAUCCUGUACAAAAUGGGCGUAA